AUGGUGGAGGUCAGUGGAGAUCGGGUCGUCGAGGUUAUCCGUGGAAAGGAUGGGGUAGCCAGUCAGGCCUUGGUUCGUACGGAAGCAGGGGUCAUCCGCCAACCAGCGGUGAAGCUCGCCGUGAUCGAGGUAGCUGAGGAUGCUAAGAACAAUGAUGUCACAACUAAACACAGGAAUGGGCCACCAAAGAACAUCGACUCCCACAAUAUCGGAUUUGCAAGAUUCACUUCCAGUGCCACCACCUUUAACUCCACCGCCACCAAUUCCGACACCACCAUCGCCAAUUCAAACACCACCACCACCCCCUCUAAGCCCACCGACACCUGGACCAUUUCCGCGGCUACCAUCUCCGCAGCUACCAUUUCCACAGCCACCAUUGCCACAGCCACCAUACCCACAACCACCACACCCACAGCCACCAUUUCCACAGCCACCAUACCCACAGCCACCAUUUCCACAACCACCAUUUCCACAACCACCAUACCCACAACCACCACACCCACAGCCACCAUUUCCACAGCCACCAUACCCACGGCCACCACCGCCACUAGCCGAACCUGA